AUGGUGGACAUUGGAGAGUACUUCAAAAAAGGCAGGCUGUCUGGUAAGCCGUCGAAGCCUUCUGGUCCCAAAAAGGGUGUUGAGCGUGAGGUGAUCCAGCUGGACGAUGAAGAUGAUUUGCCUCCGAAGAACAGGCGUAGGUCGUCAAUUGGACACGAAGAUACCAAGGAAACCGAGGUGAAAGCUCCUUCUGCCAAGAGAUCGAAAAAAUCGACUGCUUCAACGGCAGGGAGUGCCGCAGCACACGAUAUACUUCAGACUAUCCCUUCCGUGGAUCUUUCGAGUGUCCAUGUUAAGGAGAAUGUGAAGUUCGAUUUCAGUAGCAGAAAUGCUCCGGCUGGAGGAUCAGAUAUACAAGAUGGCGCUCCCAUGGACUUCCCCGAGGGAAGAGAUAACUGUUUAUUGGGUUUGACGAUGGUUUUCACGGGAGUGCUGCCCAAUAUAGAGAGAGGACAGGCUGAGGCGCUAGCUAAGCGGUAUGGAGCUCGUGUGACGAAAUCUAUCUCCAGCAAGACGUCCGUGGUGGUACUUGGCGAUGAAGCAGGCCCAAAAAAGCUUGAAAAUAUCAGAAAGCUGGGUAUCAAGGCCAUUGACGAAGAAGGAUUCAAGCAGUUAGUAGCCAGUAUGCCGGCCGGGGGCGGCGAAGGCGCGGCAGCUGAGAAGGCACGUCAGAAGAUGCAGGAGCAAGAGGAACAGGCUGUUCGUGAAGCUGAGGAGAUGAUUAAGAGGGAGAAGGAAAGGGCAAAGAAAAUCUCUGCUGAUCGUCAAGCUGGCGUACAGGCUAGGGAUGCGGAUACGGUCGACGAAGAACACAAACUUUGGACUGUAAAGUACGCCCCCGCUAACCUACAGCAAAUGUGUGGCAAUAAAGGCAGUGUGGCCAAGCUGAAAAACUGGUUAACGAAUUGGGAGGAGAAUAGGAAAAAUGGCUUCAAAAUCGCAGGACGAGAUGGCACAGGAACUUUCAGGGCCGCAAUGCUCUACGGACCUCCUGGCAUCGGCAAAACAACCGCGGCACAUCUAGUAGCCAAAGAGGUUGGUUACGAUAUAUUGGAACAGAAUGCUUCGGAUGUUCGGUCUAAAAGUCUGCUGAACGCGGGAGUCAAGAACUCUUUGGAUAACAUGUCAGUGUUUGGCUACUUUCAAAAUAAAUCGAAGAUUGAUGAUUCACAUGGAAAACGAUUUGUCAUCAUUAUGGAUGAAGUUGAUGGUAUGAGCGGUGGUGACAGAGGUGGAGUAGGGCAGCUAGCGAAUUUUUGCCGCAAGACCUCCACGCCCAUGAUAUUGAUUUGCAAUGAGCGCAACUUGCCCAAGAUGAGGCCUUUUGACAGGGUUUGCCUCGAUAUACAGUUCCGGAGACCAGACGCAAAUAGUAUAAAAGCAAGGCUAAUGACUAUUGCUGUAAGAGAAAAAUUUAAGCUCGAUCCAAAUGUCAUCGACAGGCUGGUUCAGGCAACAAGGGGCGAUAUUAGGCAGAUCAUCAAUCUUUUAUCCACUGUGUCCAAAACCUCCAAGGAAAUUGGCCAUAAUAACAUAUCAGAUAUCUCAGCUGCUUGGGAAAAAAAUAUUGCUUUGAAACCAUUCGACAUAGCGCAUAAGAUGCUCGAUGGCCGACUAUACACGGAAGCGGGCUCGAAAAAUUUCAAUCUGAAUGAUAAGAUUGCCCUUUAUUUUGAUGAUUUCGAUUUUGCGCCUCUUAUGAUCCAGGAAAACUACCUAAAUACUAGGCCCUCCAACUUGAAACCUAACACAUCUCAUCUGAUGGCGGUUGCUAAGGCAGCUGAUAGUAUCUCGCAGUCAAAUCUCGUGGAAAAGCGGAUCAGAAGCAGUGAGCAAUUGUGGAGUUUAUUGCCAUUGCAUGCUGUAUUAUCGUCAGUCUAUCCUGCAUCUUUGGUUGCAGGUCAAAUGACGGGGAGGAUCAAUUUCACAGCGUGGUUGGGACAGAAUUCGAAGGCUGGUAAAUAUUCAAGAUUAUUACAAGAGUUACAAUAUCAUACCAAGUUGAGCACAUCAGCACACGGAUCAAAUCUAAGACUGGAUUACAUGCCAACAUUAAAACGCCGACUGUUGAAUCCUAUUGUGAAAGAGGGAUCUGAGGGUAUUUCAUCGGUAAUCACUGUUAUGGACAAAUAUUAUUUAACAAAAGAGGACUGGGAUAACAUCAUGGAUUUCCUCAUUGGGCCAGACGCUACAGCUGCUGUUUUAAAGAAGAUCCCAACUGCAGUAAAAACCGCGUUUACGAGGAAGUAUAAUAGCACUACUCAUCCCGUCGCUAUAUACCGAACUGGCAGCACAACUGCUGCAACUGCAGCGGUUUCCACAGGCACGCCCGACUUCGAAGAUGUAGUUGAUGCCGAUGACACCAACGCCCCAGCCGAGGAGGAUGAGACCCAGGAUGAUAAUGACUUUAAAAAAGACAAACUGAUUAAACAAAAAGCUAAACCCACGAGGAAAAGGACUAGGACACCUUCGACCAAAGAAGCCGCUACGAAGAAGAGGAAAACGAAGGCCUAA